GUGUGAGAGAGGAGGCGGAGUCUGAACCUACUUUCGAUUUGACAGCGAGGAAAGAGAGAGAUAGAAAGAGAGGGAGAGAGAGAGAGAUCAGGGCAGACAGAAAUCAGAGAUGAGAAAAAGGGGGAAGGGGAGGGUAAAGAAAUAGCUACAAUCAGUGGCAUAAAAUACCGAGUGAAAUUAAUCCCCGUCUCUGCACUCUGAAACCUACCAAGUGCGGGAGAAACAGACGAGCCGGGAAAGAGAAGAAACUGCGGACCCAGAAGAGGCUGGUGGACUUCUGGCACAACAGGAGGCAUUGGGUCUCUGCUGCAGUCCUGAAUCUUCCAAUCGCGGAGGGUAGUCAGUCAUUGGUGUAUGUGUGUGCACCCUGCUAACAGCUCUCCGCCUCAGGACCCUGCAGAGAUAUCUGGCAGUGAAAUGAUUCAGAAGAUUGUAAUUCUUCAUCAUUAACCUCAUCAGAACUGUCCAUAGGCCUAGACCUGGAAUCCUCUUCCAUCUCACACGUCCUCUUCAAAAAUCGCCACACAGAACUGUCUUUAGAAUGAAAAUUUCCCUCCAAUUUUCUACUACACUGGGAGAGUUUCUUCGUUCCCAUAAGUUAGUUCGUGGCAGACAGAAGAUGUAAAAGCUUGAGCACAUUUACCACCAGGCUCGAGGACAAUUUCUAUCCAACUGAGACUCAUGAAUUGACCUCUCAUACACUAAAAGGCAUUUUGUUGCUCCUACAAUCAAACCCCGUAAUUCUAAAGCAACCAUCAAUCUGCUGAAGGAACUCAGUGAGUUAAGUAGCAUCUGUGGAAGGAAAGGAACUGUCGACAUAUUUGGUCGAAACCCUGCAUCAGGACUGAGUUCCUCCAGAUUCCAGCAUCUGUGGUCUCCUGAACCUCCAGGAGGUUACUGUGACAGCUUCUGAAGGGAGAAGGAACACGCAGGAAUCUGAAGCCAUGAGGGCUUCUCUAUGCAUGGCGCUAUCUGGGCUCUGUUAAGACCUGUCAAUUGGAUUCAUCUACAAGACUAAGACAAGGGUCGUUUCCGAAAGCAAGAAGAAUGUAUGCAGCAUCCUGACUGUGGAUACACUCCUGCUCGUAAGUGACAGUGAAUGGAACACAAAUCCAGCAACCUACCAACUCUGCAAAAGGAGGAUGUGGGAAGGUGGCCUGAUGGGAAGAAAAAGCGGAAGAACAGCCAGUCCUCCAUGAAAUCCACCAGCAUGUCAGGGUACAUUCCCAGUUAUCUGGAGAAGGAUGAGCCCUGUGUGGUCUGUGGUGAUAAGGCAACCGGAUACCAUUACCGCUGCAUCACAUGCGAAGGCUGUAAGGGUUUCUUCCGGAGGACAAUCCAGAAAAACUUACACCCUGCUUAUUCCUGUAAAUAUGAUGGCUGUUGUGUGGUUGACAAGAUCACCAGAAACCAGUGCCAACUCUGCCGAUUCAAGAAAUGCACCGCUGUUGGCAUGGCAAUGGACUUGGUGCUGGACGAGAGCAAGCGCAUCGCCAAGAGGAAGCUGAUUGAAGAGAACCGGGAGAAGCGGCGGCGAGAGGAAGUGGUAAAGACCAUGCUGAACAGGCCCGAGCCCACCAGCGAGGAAUGGCAGCUGAUCCGCGUUGCCACGGAGGCACACGUGACAACCAAUGCACAGGGCAGUCACUGGAAGCAGAAACGGAAAUUUCUGCCAGGAGACAUUGGCCAGUCUUCAAUGGUGACCACAGCAGAGGGAGAUAAAGUUGACCUUGAAGCCUUCAGCCAAUUCACUAGGAUUAUCACCCCAGCCAUUACCAGAGUCGUGGAUUUUGCCAAAAAACUACCAAUGUUCUCAGAGCUGCCUUGUGAGGACCAGAUCAUCCUUCUGAAGGGCUGCUGUAUGGAGAUAAUGUCUCUGAGAGCUGCUAUCCGAUAUGAUGCAGAAAGCGAGACACUGACAUUAAGUGGGGAGAUGGCCGUCAAGAGAGAACAACUGAAAAAUGGAGGGCUAGGAGUGAUCUCUGAUGCCAUAUUUGAGCUGGGCAAAUCCUUAUCAGCCUUCAACCUGGAUGACACGGAGGUGGCCCUUCUGCAGGCAGUUUUAUUGAUGUCCUCAGAUCGAACAGGAUUGACCUGUAUAAACAAAAUAGAGAAAUGCCAAGAGGUCUACCUUCUGGCAUUCGAACAUUACAUAAACUAUCGCAAACACAACAUUCCACAUUUCUGGCCAAAAUUGCUGAUGAAAAUUACUGACCUGCGAAUGAUUGGAGCUUGCCAUGCCAGCCGUUUCCUCCACAUGAAGGUUGAAUGUCCCACAGAACUCUUCCCUCCCUUAUUCUUGGAGGUAUUUGAAGAUCAGGAAGUGUAGGUUUAAGUGAAAACUUGGAACCAGGAACAGAAAAUAAAACGAUCACAGGCUACCUGCCUGGCUACUUGCCCAUUGCAGAUCAUCUUGUCUGUCUAGACCUGUCCGAAACUCAAAGAACCAUUCCAUUAAUGCGGGUACAGUUGCAAAUAUUUUGUAAGUCAUAGUAAUGUCCUUUUAUCCUUGUGCUCUGUCUUACAAAGGAAGGUCAUGCCGACUAGCUGCCCAUUGCUGCUUUACAGCUAGUUUUAUAAACAGCCAUCUCCAAAAGAAAAUGGCCAAAAGUCCCAUCUUUGUUUCCCAUGUGUUCAAACCAGUACAAUAUUUCUGGUGGUCUGUCACAGGAUGGAAAGUUCCCUCAUCGUUGUGUGUGGAAGGGAGUCUGGUGUUCUCACCAGAGUCAACUAUUUCUUCUUAACAUACAACAGUUAAGAUAGAGGAGAAGGAAACACAUUUCCCUGCAUCAUUGUCACAUGGGAGGAAUUCCAAAACUGGAAGGAGAGGCAGGGAUAAAAGGCUAUGGAGAAGUGUUUACAACAGAGCUCGGCAAACACAUCUGAACCUUUGGUUGUGCUCAAGAAAUGGGAACUUCGCAUGCUUAUCUACAUUGCAGAGCCAUUUUCAAUAGGAGAACAACAAAUAAAGCCUCCUUCUGCCUUCCUCUCCGGCCAUGGCCCGGUUCUGUCAACACCGAAGCCUCCUCUUGUCAGGUGCAGCCUCCUUUCAGCAUGGAGGUUGUCAAUACAGAGCCAAAGCUGCCAAUGAUGGUUUUUGACAAGGAGCGCAAUCGGGAAGGACCGCAAAGCAAGGAAGGGGGAAAACAGAAGGGUGGCGCACAAGAUUCCCCACCUCAGGAAUGCCAGCAAAAUGAGGUGGACAAGAACAUUGGAGUCAAAUGUAUCAGUAAAUCCUGAAGGAGACAAAAUGGGGUGGAAAUUUGUCCUUGGUCCCCUGUACUAGAUGCUUGGUGUAGUAGCACAUGCACGUAUUACUCAAUCUCCAAACUUCAGUCUCAUUGAACCAGCCCAGGCAUGAUGGGCUGAUUAGCCUCCUUCUGACUUCAAAUUUCUUUGAGAUUCAAUUAGCUGAAUUUCAGCAGACAAAUACAGUGCAUAGAUGAAACAAUGCAUGUAACUGAUGACAAAUUUCAAUCCUAAUGUGUUAUUUGGGUUUAAAAUGUGCCUACCAGGGGAAGGAACAAAGGAGUUUAGUCCCUGCACUCUGAGCUUGAGUGGUUUCCUUGGUAGCCCUUUAGUUAACCCUUUAGUGGCUCUUUCCCAGGUGACAUUGUUUUUACCACAAUCAUUCCUUUUCUAGUUCUCUCUGCUUGGAAUACACAACCACACAAAGCACGUCAAGUUCCCUGGCAAGCUUUGAAGGUCAUCUUUGCAAGGCUAAAUGUUAAAGUUGUCCCAGUGUAGUUUUCUCACUAUUUGCCAUUGUCAAGAAUAACCAAUGUUAAAAGACAGACCUUCAACGCUUGCAGAGGCCUUGUGUGUAAUGAAUGACCUCAGUACUGAAUCAUCAGCCAGUGAUUUUCAAAGACACAGAGCUGGAAUGGAACAACCAAGAGUUGCGGGUUGUGUAAUUUCCAUCCGUCAUUAGUCGCUGGAAAUGCAUUUCCACUGAUUUGCAUCUCUGCUAAAAUUGUGGUGCUUUGUAUCCACCAGUUAGAAAAUACUGUGCCCAGUUCCAUUUCUAGUUAGUAAAGCUCACAACAUCCAAUAGCUACAUGGCCAAAAUCCAUUUCCUGAGUUAAAGGAUAUUCAGUGGAGGUGCGUUCUCUCUGUAGGUCCCCUGUCCAGGCACCUCAUAUUUCUUAUUUGCUGCUUUAUCACAUUUGAAGUUUCUGGGUGACUGGGCAGAGGCUCCUCUUCCUUUCAGACAAAUCCUCAAUUGGAACACAAGAAUGGAUUGAGAUCAAAGGCUGAGGUGAUGACGUGGAACUUGGAUUUAAACCCUUAAGUUGGCUAAGAGUCAUCCAUCAAAGUCCACAUACAUCACGUAAUAAAUACUUUGUGCUGCACCUCCACUGGUGAGCCCCAUGUAGACUAUAGGCUUAGACAACCCAGCAACAUUGGCUGUUUCAGCUGUCUUGCUAACUCAGGUACAUCCCUUUACAGUACCCCUCCGGACAACCUCAACAACCUCCGCUUUCUAUUUUGUUAUGAAUAAGGUUCUCUUAAAUAUCCACAGUCUACUUGAAUACUGAUCAAUGAGAUAUUUAAACCAGGGACUUACUUUCAGGAAACAUUUUAUCACUACAUUUAAAACCGCACAUUACUGAAGAGCUUAAAAAAGCUCAACUGGUGCCCUCCAAUAACACUGCUGCUAACUAAAGACAGAAUAAGGCCACUCAAGGGUUAACAGUGAGAUACGAAAGUAAAGUGAAGGAUCUACUCAGGUACAAACUGAAUAUAAUUUUUAAAAGUAUAUAUUAAUAGAUAAAUAUUUCAUUUGGAGCUGUAACGAGGUUUAUGAAAUAUGAAACCAUGUUUUAUAUUAAUCACAAUGUGACUAAGCCCCUUGUUUAAAAGAGAAAUAUUUGCAUUUGUAUAGCACCUUAUCACAUCUCUGAACAGUUCAGGUGCAGUUAAUUACUUUGAUGAGACUGAUUUUACCUGAGCAAAUACAACUGUCAUUUUACCCUCUACAGGGGUUCAUGAGGAACAGUCAGAUGAACCUGUUAUUGGUGGUGUUGGCUUUCUGGAGAGUUGUCUGCCAGGGAACCCACUCCUCUGUCAAUUAGCACUGUGGGUCUUAUCAAAAUAACAGCACCUUUGAACAAUGGAACAUCAUGGGGUAGAAAGUGGUCUUCAGUCAUACACAAGUGGCUGCUUGAUGAACUCUGCGUCCAAACAUUGUUUCCAAAAUUCAGUUUCACAUUAACAGAACCAGAGUACAGCUGCUACUAUAUUGAGUAUUUGGCACAGAAGAUAAUUUCUACCCCUCAUUCCUCUGACCAGAGAGGCAGCAUAGACCAGAAGCAAAAUUCAUAAAAUGAAGCUUAUGCCUUUAGAAUCAGAUUUCAAACAAUUCUCCAUGUUAAUAGUCAUGAUAUUUUGUAAGUAUUUGAUUUUCAUUGAGGUCAUUUACAAGCAAGAUGGCUACAACUAGCACUUUUCAGGUGAAAUUUUUGUACAGGUUCAUUUUAACACAGAGCUAAAUAACCAUUUAAAACAUCAGAUAUAUUCUUGAAUAUUAUCUAUUAAAAUACUUACUGUAAUUCUUUUUACCAUUAAAAUUCUAAAUUUGCAAUAUUUGUGGCAUCUAUAAAAUUAAUAUUUUCAUCCCUUACAAUAGAUAUAAUGAAUCAAGCAUUGCAGCAUAGAGCUUUACAUUCUGGAAAAGUAUUCUAUUUAAUAACAAACAAUUGAUAAAACUUGACACCAGUUAGAUUUUAGUUAGCAUCUGAAAAUCAGUUUUUAAGAUUUCAGGCUGAGAUCCCUUCACCAAACUCUGAAUUCUCGUGGAGGGAAAUCAGAAACAUUUAAGUUAUUCCCAUAAUUCAUUACCAACCAAUCCCAGAGCUUUUGGUUUUCAUUUCCAGAUUUACUUUUGAAUUUUAUCUCCAUGCAGUUCUGGAUUGUUUCAGCAUAAAAGCUCUGCUAGAAUUUGCUAGUAGCAGAUAUUUCUGGACAGAACCAACUCUUCUGCUCUAAGUGCCCUAGCUGUCUCUUUGCAUGAAUGUGUCUCAUAUCAGCACCAAGGCUUUUGGUUUAUUUUCAUUUCUGUCGCCUCAUCAUCCAGCACAUUUUCACUUUUUUCUGUCCCAGAUAUCUUUAGUUUCAUUUGUCCUGUUUACUGGGAAUGGCUGUUCCUUAACUACAUUCUGUGUUUUUAAAGUACCACCAACAUCAACAUCCCAAGAAUUUAAUUGAGGCCUGGUCAGACAAAAAUAGAUGCAAAUAAAUGCACAGCUCCCUUGUAACAAGCAUUUCUCUCUCAGUUUCAUUUAAAGUCCUCUCCUAACCCUGGAUUUAAAAUCAAUCUAGUAACUUCCACUGUUUUGUUGGUGUUAGUUCUGAGUUUGUGCCCAGUGGAUCAGUCAGAAAUUUCAGCACUCAUCUUGUCAGUAGCAGAGUGGUGACAAGGUUUCAACCACAGAUUCAGGGGUAUGAGCUGUAAUCCAAUCCAUGACAGCUAGGCAGUUUAACUUUAGAUAAUUAAACAAAUCUGGUAAUACCAAUUUGAAGUCUAGUGUGAGUGACAUUAACUAUGAAACUACUAUAUUCUUCAUAAAACCUGCUGUACUUUACAACUAUCCUUCAAGGAAGGAUGUCUGGACUCCUUACCUGAAGUGGCUUACAAGUGACUACUGUCCAAUUAUGUGGUUAACUCUUAAUUACAUCAUUAACCCUGGUGCAUUUAUGGAUGGACAAUAAAUGCUGUCAUUGCCAGUGGCAUUGACACUAUGAAUAAAUAAAUCUUUUUUUAAAAACUGAUUAGCUUUGGAAAAACUCUUACCUUGUUUCAGACCCUCUAAGUAUCUAAUAUAUCUUUUAAGAAGUAUGUUAACUUUGAAACGGGGUUUAAUAGAAUGGUAACUGGGCACCCCGGGUUAAAUUACAAAUGAAGACUUCAUGAACAAGGGUAAUAUUUCCUGAAAUUUAGAAGGUUUAAGUGAUGAUUUAAUUCAAAUUAUAUUUUGAAUUAAAUUUUAAAUUUUUAAAAUAUUUUGAAAAUUUAAUUAAAAUUUUAAUUUAAUGUUUAGAUACUAAGGAACACUGAGAGUGUAGACAGAGAGAAGCUCUUUCCACCAGUUGGGGAGACAAAGAGUCAGUCCUUCCUGGAAUGAAGUCAGAAAACAGAUUGAAAAAAAGAUUGAAAAAGAAAAGAAAGAAAACAAUUUGCACACUACAAGUGGUAAAAACUUGAAACUCACUUCUCCCUAUAGCAAUUAAUGCUACAUUAAAUGCCACAUUAAUUGCUAAUUUCAAAUCUGAUGUUGAUUAACUUUUGUUAAUGAAAGGAAUUAAUUGAUUUGAGGAAAGCUGAUUGCAUGAAGUAGGUCAGAAUUAUUGAACAAUAGGGUAAAUAAGCUUCUUAUGUCCCUAUCAUUGUGUUCUGCCAUUUCCUGAUUUUCCAUUGUGCUCUGAGCUCCACAAAUAUUAGUUUUUGUUUUACUUCUGAUGUGGCCCUUUCAACCCUGCACUCUCAUUGCUAAAAUGAGCCAUAUCCAAGCUUGAAGCUCCAUUUUUCUACUCAAUUGCAUGUCCUCCACAAGAAAUUUCUUUUACUUAGUAGUCAUUAAUACAGAAGCCUAACCCGUGUCAUUGUAAAAGUUAAGUCACACUUCCAGAUUUUCUAACAACGUAAAGCCCAACACUGCCCUAAUUUCAAACAGCUGGAGGAACUCAGUGAGUCAAACUGCAUCAAUGGAGGCAUAGGGACAGUCAGCAUAGGGAUCUCAUCAAGUCAAGAUCCUGCAUACUGAGUCUUAACCCAAAAUAUUGACUAACUCUUUGCUUCCGCAAUGCUGCUUGACCUGCUGAGCUCCUCUGGCUUUUUUGCUCCAGAUUCCAACAUCUGUAGAAUGUUUAGUCUCCACUGCCCUAACUUUCACUCCUACAAACCCAUAAUGACUUUGAUUACUUCUAAAAAUAUGAAAAGCAGAGAUUUAGAGGUGCCACAAACAGUGCAGAAGUUAGUAUUGAUCUUUAAAAGUAUGCCUUCAGCUGUAUAUGUGUCAAAUAAAACAGAGUGCAGGAAAGCAUGAGGAAAACAUUUGAUGCGAUGAGUGAGACGAGACACCACAAGCUAAACAGGUCAACUUUGUACAGCAUUUAUUUAUGGGAGAGACAGGAAGGUGGUAGGUUAGUUUACCAAAGCAGUUAGUAAAACACACACAUUAAUGAGCUACAUAAAUAGAGGAACUGUAUAUUAUAGUACACACAUACAAAACAAAAAUUCAGCCUCAUAUGGAGAUUUAACUUCAUGUAAGACAUAAAAGUUUUGGAGAAGAUAUAGAUGAAAUUCACUGGAUGGGUUCCAAGAAUAAAGGAUUACACUUCUGCAUUAUUAUGGAAGAGGUUGUUCAUCUUGGAGCAAAAAAGACUCAGUUGAGAUUCAAGAAAGGUGCAAAUACAGAGUGAUACAGAGAAACACUUUCCAAUAGCUCUUGGGUCAAUAACCUAAAGCACAAAUUUAAAGUAAUUAGCUUAAAAGCAGAGGUGAUCUAAGGAAUAAAGUUGUUAUAUAUUGAUUGAUCACCAUUGGGAAUGCACUCCCUGAAAGGGUGGUGAAAGCUGAUUUCAACAGCACCUUACAAAAAGGAAUCAGAUAAAUACUUAAAGGUGACAAAAAUGAAAGGACUAUUGGGGAAAAAAUCAUGAGGAUUGGACUCCCAGACUCCCAGAGCCAGCACAGGUUCAAUAGACUGAAUAAGCCUCCUUUUGGAGUGUAAUGGUGUAUAUCUCUCUAAUCAGUUGUGCAUGCCUCUGUUAACUGUUAAUGCAUAAUGUGCAAAAUGCAAUAGGUAAGAUUUCAUGUUAUAUAUAAUGUAUGUCAAGAAAAUGUCCUGAUUGGUGGAAAUCUGUGAUUGCAGCAAUCUUCCUUCAAGGCAUCUUGUUUUUAACAACAAUGAAUUCUUCAACUAGUGAUGAAGAUUUAAAGCAAUGUCUAAGAAUAUCCUGAAGUAGAUAUGAAAUCUCAAAGUGGAUAUGAUAUGGGCAAGUGAUUUAUUGUGGCCAACGUUUAGCAUUUAGAAAACAUCUUCAAUUUCUGUUAGUUUCUCUGGCUGCUUUUUACUUUUAAUGUUCAAUGUGAUUUAAAAGCCAGUUGUCUGGCAUUGUCUGAUAAUGAAUUCUCAAUCUGCUCCAUGCACAUGAAUUGAGACACCAAGUUUCUGUAAAGCAUCAGAAUCUGCAGAUGCUGGAAAUUUUAAAUAAAAACAGAAAUUGCUGAAAACACUCAGCGGGUCAGACAACAUCAAUAGAAAGAUAAUCAAGAGUUAAUGUUUCAGGUCAAAGAUCCUUUGUCAAAACUGGAAAGAGAGACAGGAAGUUGGUUUUACUUUGAAAAAACCAUGAGGUGGGGAUCAGGUGUAAAUGAGGCAAUCUGGUAUGGACAUAAUAGUUCAAAGUUCAGAGUAAACUUAUCAUCAAACUACAUAUAUGUCACCAUAUACAACCCUGAGAUUCAUUUUCUCGCAGGCAAUCACAGUAAAUACAAAGAAACACAAUAGAAUCAAUGAAAGACUGCACUCAACGGGAUGGACAGACAACCAGUGGGCAACAUUUUUACUGACUGGAUAUAAGAUUUUAAAUAAAUUCUAAAUUUUAGAAGGCAACAAACUGUGCAAACACAAAAAGAAAGCAAUAAAUAAUAAACCAAUAAGUGAAAAACACCAGAAAUAUGCUGAAGUAUAAGAGGAAAUGGACAGACUUUGGAACAUGAGCAGGGUAUGCAUUGUUUUAAUAGUAAUAUCUAUAACUGGUGUCAUCCCAAAGUCGCAACACAAUAACAUUAAACAAUUCAGGCUACACAGCAAUAUCUAUGUAAAUCUUCAGAAAGCUAAAAUACUACUCACGACCAGAAUAGUCCAAAAGUUCCUAACAAUUGACAAAUGAGCAUGCUUGGCUAUGCUCGUGCCUCAGGUUUUACCAGCCUGAGCUGAGAAAAAAUAAAUAAUAAUAAAUAAAUAUUGAAAACAUAAGAUGAAGAGUCCUUAAAAGUGAAUCCAUUGGUUGUGGGAACAGUUCAGUGAUGGGGCAAGUGAAAUUGAGUGAAAUUAUCCCCACUGCUUCAAGAGCCUGAUGGCUGAUGGGUAAUAACUGUUCCUGAACCUGGUGGUGCGGGUCCUGAAGCUCUUGUACCUUCUUCCUGAUGGCAGUAGCAAGAAGAGAGCAUGGCCUGCAUGGUGGGGUUCCUUGAUGUGGAAUGCUGCUUUCCUGCCACAGUGCUCCAUGUAGAUGUGCCCAAUGGCGGGGAGGUGUGGCCCGUGAUGGACCAGGUCAUAUCCACUACUUUUUGUAGGCUUUUCUGUACAGGGGUAUUGGCAUUUCCAUACCAGACCAUGAUGCAACCAGUCAAUAUACUCUCCACCAUAUAUCAAUAGAAGUUUGUCAAAGUUUUAGAUGACAUGCUGAAUCUUUUAAAACUGCUAAGAAAGUAGAGGCACUGCCGGGCUUUCUUCAUAAUUGCACUUACGUGCUAGGCCCAGGACAGAUCCUCUGAAAUGAUAACAUUGAGGAAUUUGAAUGUGCUGACCGUCAACUGAGACAAAAACCAUAUUCUGGCCAGUUCUGAUACAGACAGAGAAAGCAAGUUACCUGAAGUUAUAGAAUGUUUAUGUUCUCACUCUCCAGCUCCCAAUUUCAUAGCAAUUGUUCCUUUGCUUGGUUUCUCUCUCUUUCUCUCACUCACACUCUCUCUCCGUAAUUGCCCCCACAAACCCCUCGACUAGAUGACCUCCUUUACAGCUUCUUCCCACAGCAACUCAGGCUCUUCAACUUGAAAAUUUAACUCUGUUCCACAGAUGUUGCCUGACCUGCUAAGUGCUUUCAGCAUCUUCUCUUUUUAUUACUAGUUUUAAGUAGCUUGGUGAGACUGGGAGCCCAUUACACCAGCUCAGAAAGUCUUGAGUCAGCUUGGGUUCAGAUAAUGCUGAGUAAGAAGGUGGUGGCUGUCCAGAAUCUUGGCUAACAGCCCCGUGUAGUACUGAGUGAGGACAGCCUAUCAGAUGUGCUAACUUUUGCUAAUUGGAGAGUCUUAGUUAAACAUAAAAUAAUCUCUUGGCAGCGUUUCAUAAAAGAGUAGGAAAGUUAACUCUCCUCUCCAAGCCAACAGUUAUCCUUCAAUCAGCAUCAGGGAAAUGGGUUUCUGGUCAUUAUCACAAUGUUGCUUGUGAUAGCAUGCCAUAAAAAAGUUGGCUGUUAUACUUCUUAAACCGGUCCUAAUUUGAAACUACUCCAUUGGCUGUGAAAUGUUUAGGAAUGCUCUGAAGGAACUUUGCAAUUAGAAGCCACCCUGUUUCGUUCCUGCUGCUGUUGAGGGGUGUGGAGAGUUCAAAAGGUCACCUUGAUUCAAAUGAACGUGACCAAGGGCAGAAGGACUGCAAAUGAAAGGGAGGCCACAGUAAAUCACUUGCUUGAGGUGACACACUCUGCCUUGAUCAGUGGCGUGGCUUUGCUUAUGGAGUUUGUGCCAUUUAAAUCCACCUUAAUAGAGAGAAAAAAGGAUGAGAUGUGAACAGGACUGUACCACAUUGCUUACAAAAAUAUGGUUGAUGACUCAAAGCUUCAUCGCAGCAACCAAUUAAUAAUCAGUCCUCAUCUUUGUCAUUUUAUAGAGCCUGUUUAUUGUGUUUUCCCAGUUGUUUGUUUCUGCAGUUGAGAUGUGUAUUGUUAGGAUGUUGCUAACUAUUGUGAAUCUUUGCUUUAUCUCUGUCCGGAUCAGCUGUUUCCUAUUGACCCAAUAUGCCCGUUAGUUAACCAGACCUCAAGACAGGUUAAGGCUCUCCUGCUGCUGCUUGCACGUGGGCUCUGCUUUCUGGUUUCAAAAUUUUGAAAGUCUUGACAAAGUUCCUUUGUUUUGAGUUUAAUGUUUCCAAAGUCCAACUUCCAGACUGAUACCUGGACCUGGACUGGAGCAUUCCAACUACCCCUCUGUGGAAAGAUUGUUGAAAGCAAAGGCUAAUGCUCCCUGAGUUCGUCCAGACUGAUACCUGGACCUGGACUGGAGCAUUCCAACUACCCCUCUGUGGAAAGAUUGUUGAAAGCAAAGGCUAAUGCUCCCUGAGUUCGUCCAGAAAUCAGAAAUGUUAUUUUGUUUCGUAUCCCGAGCAACAGAUUUAAAUUUAUCUAAGUGCUCUUUUAGAAAAGAGUGGGAUGCUGGUUAUUGAGUGUGUAGACAUCCAACCUAGGUGUCAUGUGGUGGUGAUGGACUUACCUGAUUAUCUACCCAGGUGUGCAGGAUCCAAUUCAGGACUCCCAACUUUCUGGUUGAAAUUGGUAAGAAUACCAAUUCCAUAGUAUUUUUUGUGUACCUUUACAAUAUGUGAUUAACUCUUAACUACCUUGAAAUGUUGCCUAGCCAUGUCUUGUGAAAGAACAAGAAACAUGCCACACUAACAAGGAUUCCAGUAGGGUUACUUUUUGUAAUCGAGUCCAAAAAGGAACAGGAGUAAAGAUUAGGAACUAAAGCUCUGGGUUCUGAAAUUUGCUUGUUCAGUGGCAAGAGUUCCUCUUAAAAAAUCUUGAUAACGCCUUGCAAGAGAUUAAAAGGAGGAGAUUUACCUCCAUUUUGAGGUUGGAAUUUAUACGUCAGUAGUUUCUGAACUUUUUUGAGGAAGUUUUGGAUCCCAAGUUCCCCACUGAGCUCUGGAGGGGGAACCAAGGGAUUCUGCAGAUGAAGGAGAAAGUGAGUUUUAUCAGUUUCCCUACGGAGAAGCCGAAGAGAUAGGGAGAACAGUUGUUCUGCUGCACACUGGAUUCUGAGCUGCUGUAGUAGUUACACAACAAAAUAGGCUGCUAAAGCAUUUGCCACUUUAAAAUUUCUCCUGUACUUAACAUGUUAUUUGGAAAUUGAUUUUAAAAAGUGCACGUUAAGACAUAUGUAAAUUGAAAAUGUCCAGCUCAUAUCUAAUGUUCGAACUUAAGAAUGAAGAACUUGUGUAAACCAUUGAGUACCUUAACGCUGCUCUGCGAUAUAAUAAUUCUAUGCUUCCUCUCUCCCAUUCACAAUGUGUCCACAGGAGAGAGGCUUGCUUUUACAUACACUUAACAUAUGUGAAAUGAUCAAACAUGAUCACCUGGAAUAAUUUGACUUCCUCAUUUCUCUAACCAACACUACUGACAUAUUAUUCAUUAUCCAAGUGUUCCUGCCUAGACCCUGCCAAUCACUGGUCCCAAAACAGACGCAACCUAGUCCCUGCCAAUCACUGGUCCUAAAACAGGCGCAACCUAUUCCCUGCCAAUCACUGGUCCCAAAACAAACACAGCCUAGUCUCUGCCAAUCACUGGGCCCAAAACAGAUGCAGUCCAGUCCCUGCCAAUCACUGGUCCCAAAACAGAGGCAACCUAGUCCCCGCCAAUCACUGGUCCUAAAACAGACCAAACCUCAUCCCUGCCAUAAUGUCAAAAUGUGAUGUAUUUCCUCACUGUCUGGCACAAUCCUCAUUGUACAAUCCAAGCCUUACACAUUGACCCAAUCCACAGUUUGACCCAGUCCCUAGUGUCCAACCAUAUCGUCGCAAACAAACCCAAUUCUCAUUAUCCAACUCUUAACACUACUGACCAAUAUUUUCUCCACUGUCCAACCUAAUUCCCAUUGUUUGAUACAAUCUCCACUAUCUAACACAGUCCCUGUUGUCCAAAAUAAUUUCCUGAAGACCGUUUCUGCCUUUCUUGGUCCAACCCUUCCUUCAUCAAAUCAGAUUUGGCCCAAUAACUAAUGUCCAGCCCAAUCCAAUCCUGGCUGUAUGGCAUAAUGUCCCAGCCACUGGAGUUUACUGAUGGUCUCACACCAGGGAGAGUGGGAAGGUAAGACAUGUAAUCCCUGGCUAAUUACUAGGGUAUAUCAAGGAGAAGGAGAGCCCUAAAGGGACUAAGGAAGAGACAAAUCUAUACUUAAUUCAGAAAUAAAUUGUGUAGAUUAAUAAGAGUUACCAUGAAACUGUCAAAUUGUCAUAAAAAUCAAACUGGCUCACUAAUGAUGUUUUUAGUAAUGAGUUCCUUGUCCUUACCAGAUUUGGACAUUGUGGCUCCAGAUGUGAUUAGAUGACUGAAUCAAAUAGCUACACAGAGUGGCCUAGCAAACUAUUCAGUUGCGUUAAACAACCAAGAUUCAUGGAGCCUCAGGGUGAUCAGAACAGGUGAGAAAUGCCAGCCUUCCCUGAGAUGCCCACUAUCCUGAGAAUUAAUAUUGUUAUGCCAAUACAUGCCCAGUGGGCAUCAGUGUCGCGGCUCAUCAUUUAAGCCAAUGAUCACUGAUAGUUUAGAUGUUCCGUAAGAGCCAAAUAAAGGCACCACACUGUGGUGCAGGAACUAACACUUUUUAAAAUAUUUUCCUGAAAUAAAUGCUUACAGCUGAGAAUUCUCUCUGCAGUCACCUUCCCUGUGCUAAUAGGUGGUCAGUAUUUACAACCUCUUUUGGCAUGGCUUAGCAGGUGAGCCUGUCUCCAAUUGAUAGAAGUGUCCUUCUUGCGCUAGAUUAGGUCCUCACUGUCUACUGCUGCAUACUUGAGAGGAGAUUUCAGCAAAGCUGCAGUUAAAGUUGAUACUGUCCAGUUCUGCCUAGAGGCUGGAAAGAGAAAGUUAACUCAUGCCCAAUGGGUUGCCAUUCUUGUAUAUAGAGGCUGGUGUUUGCCCCCUCUCAGGGUCUUCAGAACUGGCUUUGAUGGCUACCAAAUGCUGUCAAGGAAACAACCCAGCAGUGACAUCUCUGCCCCUGACUGGAUUUGUUUACCAGUGUUGUUGCACCAGACUGAUAUUGGCACUACAUGGGGUUGCGGGAUGAAGGGAUCAUGAG